UCUGUGUGACAAACAAGUUGGAGUUGAAUUCAACAAGGCUUGAACGCCACAUUAGGCGCGGGAGGAGGAGGAGGAGGAAGAGGAGGAGCAGCAGAUGGAGGAAGAGGAGGUUUCCUGUGUGCUCGCGCGUGUGCUCGCGUGCGUGUGAGUGAGUGCGAGUGCGCGUCCAGAGAGAGAGAGCAGCGGCCGCCAUGUUAACCAAGAAGCCCGGAGCCUCGGUCCUCCCGACGGGCAAAGCGGGCGAGCCGGUCUUCUCUACUGGUCACGGCGGCUCUCUGACGACAUCGCCUGUCACGCUGCCGCCGCUUCGCAACAACAACCUGCACCCGCUGACGGGGGGCGCCAAAGCCGCCAUGUCGGACGGGGCGCCGCAGUCGCAGGUCCACAUCACGCAGCUGUUUGACGAGAACACCAACAAGCGUCCGGUUCUGACCUCCCAGCCCAACGGCCUGGCCCCGCUGGGCGCCGCCCGGCCGGGCCCUCCGCUUCCCGAGCGUCAGACGAUGGCCGCCGAGCCCGCCCACCACGGCCGCCAGGGCGGGGCCUCUCACAAGGCUGCCGACAGCAAGCCAAAGCCCGCCCCGCUGACGCCCGAGCAGGCCAUGAAGCAGUUCAUGUCCAAGAUGUCGUCCUUUGAGCACCACGAGGUCUUCAGCUACCCUGAGGUGUAUUUCGUGGGUCCGAAUGCCAAGAAGAGGUCAGGCGUGAUGGGAGGCGCCAACAACGGGGGCUACGAUGACGAGCAGGGCUCCUACUUCCACGUCCCGCAUGACCACAUCGCCUACCGCUACGAAGUCCUCAAGGUGAUCGGCAAGGGCAGCUUCGGGCAGGUGGUGAAGGCCUUCGACCACAAGUCGCAGACGCACGUGGCUCUGAAGAUGGUCCGCAACGAGAAGCGUUUCCACCGGCAGGCGGCGGAGGAGAUCCGCAUCCUGGAGCACCUGAGGAAGCAGGACAAAGACUCCAGCAUGAACGUCAUCCACAUGCUGGAGAACUUCACCUUCCGGAACCACAUCUGCAUGACGUUCGAGUUGCUCAGCAUGAACCUGUACGAGCUGAUCAAGAAGAACAAGUUCCAGGGCUUCAGCCUUCCUCUGGUCAGGAAGUUCGCACACUCCAUCCUGCAGUGUCUGGACUCGCUGCACAAGAACCGCAUCAUCCACUGCGACCUCAAGCCGGAGAACAUCCUACUCAAGCAGCAGGGCCGCAGCGGCAUCAAGGUCAUCGAUUUUGGCUCCAGCUGCUACGAGCAUCAGAGAGUUUACACCUACAUCCAGUCCAGGUUCUACCGGGCGCCGGAGGUCAUUCUAGGGUCCAGGUACGGGAUGCCCAUCGACAUGUGGUCUCUGGGCUGCAUCCUGGCCGAGCUGCUGACGGGAUGUCCGCUGCUGCCGGGGGAAGACGAAGGAGACCAGCUGGCCUGCAUCAUGGAGCUUCUGGGCAUGCCCAGCCAGAAGCUUCUGGACGGCUCCAAGCGCGCCAAGAACUUUGUGUCGUCCAAAGGCUACCCGCGCUACUGCACCGUCACCACGCUGCCCGACGGCACCACGGCGCUCAACGGCGGGCGCUCACGGCGCGGAAAGUUACGAGGCCCGCCGUGCAGCAAGGAUUGGAGCGCGGCGCUGAAGGGCUGCGACGACCCGCUUUUUCUGGACUUCCUCAAACAGUGUCUGGAGUGGGACCCCACGCUCAGGAUGACCCCGAGCCAGGCACUGCGCCACCCCUGGCUGCGGAGGCGCCUCCCCAAACCUCCCACCGGGACCACGGGGGACAAGACCCCGCUGUCCAAACGGGCCACCGCCGACACCACCAUCACCUCCAUCUCCAAGUUUCCCGCCACCUCCUCCUCCACCACCGUGUCAGCCUCCUCCAAAACCAGGACUAACAUGGCGCCCAUCACCGACGCCAACGGGAACAUCCAAGCCCGGACCGUCUUGCCCAAGCUGGUCAGCUGAAAGUGAGGGCGCUCCGCCGGCUGGAAGGAGCGGGUUGGUCCGCGUCUAGCUGGUCGGGGUGCGGCCAUGCGAGCGGCGUGGUGCGUUCAGGCUCCUCCAGUUGGCAGUGUGGGAAAAAGUGUCUUUCGACAAUCAAAGCACGUUGGAUGGUGCUGGCCGAGAGGGAACAAGGUCGUUGAGCACAUUCUUUGAACACUUAGGCACCAAAAACCUCCAAGUCUUUGGAAAAAGUGCUCGCACCACGGCUUGACGUUGCCAUGUAGCCGCUAGCACGCCGAGCCGUGCUCGGAAUCCAUCAAAGCCAUAAACGCAGACGCGUCAAGCGGGCCGCGACGCCGACCCGUGACUAAACAUGAUAGGAAUAUUUUUACGUGCGGAUUGAUUUCGGUUCGCGCCAUGAAGAUGCUGAGUCAUGUUGGCUCUCAGCAGCAGUCCUGCCCCUGCAGUUAGCAUCAUGCUAACGCUUCAUUCAGGACCUCCAUACCAGUACGUCUAUCUAUGCUAGCAACGUAACAUUUCAUUCUUUGUCACUAUCCCUACCUAUGAGGACGCCCCCCCCCCAUCUUUCAAUGUGAUCUUUAUUUAUGGAUAUUUAUUAUGUGCAGCAAAUACUUGAACGUGUGUGCGUGCGUGUUAAAAAGCUUGCUCCCUCAUACAAAACACACUGCAGUUUGGCUCCGCCCACUGGCCAAUGACAAGGAUAUGAGGAUGGUGACCAUGAAGAGAAAUGUAGCACAGAGGGAAGGAGGGGGGUCCUGUCACUCACACACACGCCUCAGGACAAGCCCCGCCCCCCUCCUGAGCCCAGACAGUGAUGUCGGACCUGUGAGGGGCGGUCCUAAGUGUUUUAUUGUUUAGUUUUUUUUUAAGUGAGAUGGAUGCCGACAGUCGCAACUUUUGUGCCUUUGGGACAUCCUCGCCAGGAGGCGGGGUCGUCCAGCACGGCGUGCAGCCACCUGAUGUCACUCGUCGCCAACAACAACAACAAAAAAAAAUGGCAGACGCCUACCGAUGACAGGGCUCAGCUAACACUAGCCAAUCCACCGCUAGCAUCCAAAUGCUAGCUUGUGUUUUCUAUUGUUGAGGCUAAUGCUAGCCUGCCGCUAACAGACUGCUAGUAGCACGUAGCCUUUCCCACCCACAGUACGUACCUCAAACUAUGACGACGCGAUGAACACCCAGGGCGUUUGGUUUCCUUCUACCAAAGUGCAUUCCUUUACCAUGCUAGCGCCCGGCUAGCUGCUCAAAGCGAUGGACGGGGAGUGUGGGAAGCUGGCAGCAUGCCAGAAGAUACUGUACUGACCUCUAGCGGCCGUUACACAUAUCGGAGUCUAGCGAAGGGACGGGACGGAGGUUAGCCACUGUUAGCGUGACGCUGCGCUGUAUUUUUGUAACGUUGGUUUUUUUUUAUUAUUGUGAAUUUGUCAUGUGACAAAAUGUUUGUAUCCAUGUUGGGGUUGAAUGCUGCAGCCACUUUUACAACGUACUGUAUCUACUGUACACAACACCUUUUCUAGUGAGCCUUGGUUCAAAUUUAUUGUGGUGAAAAUGAUGAAUAAAACUCUUAUGGACGACACAGUCA